AUGACAAUGAUCAUCACUAUGAAGCGGGCGUCUUUGUUUUGUUUGACUGUCUUGCUUCCAUCCCUCAUAUCUGGACAGUUCGUCGCUCAACCACAGGAUCUUAAGGCUGUGGAGGGGAAAGGAGGUGUCACCGUUAGAUUCAAGCAAGUCCCUAACGGCAUAUGCGAGACUAACAACAACGUGAAAAGUUUUGCCGGUUAUGUGGACGUGAGUCCAACUCAACAUAUGUACUUUUACCUGUUCGAAGCGAGACAGAAUGCAGCUUCAGCUCCUUUGACAGUUAGGCUAGAUGGAGGACCGGGUGCUUCCUCCAUGAAUGGACUAUUCUCCGAAAUAGGUCCUUGUUCUAUCGAUGCUAGUGGGAAAGUGUUGGAUAAUCCGACCUCUUGGUCAACUAUUAGCAACUUGCUCUUCGUUGACCAGCCAGCGACCGUGGGUUUCUCGCACACCACCUUGGUAAACGGCACCAUAAACCCCAAAACCGCGGAAAUUAUCCCCCAGCAAUGCACAUCGGCAGAUCCCAGGUGUGGGACCUACUCGUCAAUGGACAUCUCCCUAACACCGAAUUCCACUUCUGAAGCCGGCAAGGUUUUCUACCAAGUGAUGCAGGGAAUUAUGGGCGCCUUCCCGCAGUAUACGGCGAAUGGUGUACACAUAACCGGCCAGUCGUACGGCGGCCACUAUGCUCCUAUUUUUGCUGACUACAUCACCAAGCAAAACCAAGUGAACGCACCUGGGACUGUGCAAAUUCCCCUCAAAUCUGUUUCCAUUGAAGAUGGAUUCAUGGAUACCCGUGUGCAGUUUGCCGCAUAUUUCAACUAUUCGGUGACCCCUGGCAACCCAUACGACGUGGACCCUUUCAACGAGACUCUCAAGCAACAGCUCUUCACUAACACGUUUGGCACCGGCGGCUGCCAGGAGCGGCAAACGGCCUGCAACUCCAACCCAUCUGACAAAGUCUGCGCCGACGCCGACGACUUUUGCAUCAAAAAUGUUGAACAGUUUUGGGACAUUAACGCGCGACGCACUGAAAAUGACAUCCGCUUGUUGUCCCCGGAACCGUAUCCGUCACCAGACUUCGUCGCAUACCUUAACAGAGCCGACAUCCAGGCUGCCAUAGGUGCGUCAAACAACUUUACGCCAGCGUCAGUGCAGACGUCUAUAGCGUUCGCCUCAACCGGCGACGACAGUCGCACAGGCGAGCUCGUCACACGUUCCAUGUCAAAUUUGCUCCAGCAAGGGGUCACUGUCGCUCUCUUCACUGGUGACGCCGACUACGACAGCAACUUCAUCGGCGCCGAGAUCGUAGCCGCGAACGUGGGUGCUGCAAAUUGGGCCAAGGCUGGCUUCGUGAACUUGACAGCCAAUAGCGACGGACAGAUCCCGGGUGUGGUGAAGCAAGCCGACGGUUUCUCGUUUACGCGACUAUACUUCGCAGGCCACGUUUCUGCUUUUAACCAGCCAGAGGCUGCGCUCAGAAUCCAAGAGCAUGUUAUCAAAGGCGUAGACAUCGCGACUGGGACAAAACCGAUGGGAUUUGGGAUGAAUUUGAUUACGAUGGGGCCGUCUGUGAGUACUUUCAGGGAAGGACCGGGAACGGUCCAGCUGAAGGUUGUGCCCAAGGGCGCCACUUACGAUCCGCAUACGCAUUUGCCUGUUCUUAAGGGACCGCCGGCGGCGACAGAGAAGAUUGGUGAUUUCAGCGUGAAGACCGACGUGUCGCAGAACGCGGCAGCUCAUCCUCUCAGUGAGAUGACGGCGAAGAAUAUUAGGAAACUAUUGAGAGAGGACGGGUCGCUGCUGAGGAGAUAG